UGUUGUCCGUGACGAUUAUUGCUCCGGUGGAAACAACAUAAGUAGGUGGAAUGAAUAAUUAGUAGCACAUUUUGAAAAUGGAUUAUACUUUUAACAGUGUACAAAUAAGUACUUUUAAAAUAAUUUAAGUUGAAAGUUUGCACGGUUAAAAUCAUUAUUGUCCGCAUUCAUCUUUAUAUGUAGCUGUCUUGGUUUUUAAAUGAGACAAGAAUUAUGGCAUCAUUGUUUAAUGUGAGAGAAAGACAAUAAAAGUAUAAUUUUUAUGACAAUUUUAUGAGAAUAAAUAAUAAAUCAAUGUACAAGUUUAAACUGUGGGCGGCAGUAAAGACCUCACACGAGACGUUCAGGUUCAGAUGGAGAGGUGGAUCUUGAGGAGGAAGACAAUAGCUGUUGCACCGCGGGAAAGAUGGCGGAAACGUGAGGUUCGUCCGCGUUAUCAACAACAAAAGCCUUUCUAAACAUCACAGACUAGCGUCGUGUUUCUCAUUAUACAUGCUGUACAGCUGCCUCUUUAGCCAAAGCAAACGAAUAAGGAGUACAAGAUGCAAAGCGAUCAAGGGUCGAAGUCCCAUCAUUGUCCUAAAUGUUCACUCGUCUUCAAAUCUAAGGUCUAUCUUUUUGAUCAUCUCAACAAAGUGCAUUGUUUAAAUGUUGAUGCUGCCCUCACAAGUGCUGGCUUGAAAACCGCUGAUAUUCAAAAAGCCGCCGCUGACGAGAGCAGAUGUCCAGAAAAUAGUGUUUUCAAGUGUCAGCUCUGUGAUUUUGCAGCUUUUAAUCUGGACGUUUUAACCGAACACAAGAAACAAAACCAUGAAAACCCGACAGAGUCUGUAGUCAACCAUGAAACGGAGCCUCCAGAAUCCAAAAUAAUCAACACUUCAACAAACCAAUGCAACAGUGAAGCGGAGGAUGAACCCUGCAUUGAGACUGACCCAGUACUUAACUGCACAUCUAACUCGUCCAAGGAUCUCCGAAUGUACAAGAGGCCGCUGCAAACUGCCACAAAAGUAUCUUCUGGAUCACCUGAUUUAAAUGAGCACCCCUACGCAAAGGUAACUGAUAAUUCCAAAGGAACUAUAAUUUUGCAGGAAACGGCCUCGUCCAGCCUCAACCCCAUCUGGAGCGGUGUGUGUAAAGUCACUGCAAUGUCUGUGAUUGAUAUCUCCCAUGUCCAAGCUGAUCAUCAUCUGCAAGAAGAUCAACUUAAGCCUAAGGAACAAAACAAAGAAGUUCAUAAUCAAGGGGACAAGAGGGGAAAAGGACUACUAACCCCUGAUUACAACUUUGAAGGCCCUUCUGCUAAAAAAUUCAAAUCAAAAAAUCGGGAGACCGAACUUCCAGAAAGCAAACACGCUAAUCAGCAACCAUCAGGUGGCACCGAGUUUUCUUUUGAAGUCAGUGAUGACGAAAUGGAGAAGAGUUCUGUCCUUGUUAAGGAAAACCCACCAAACCCAAGAGUUUUCUUCUGCAAGCUCUGCGAUUACAGUGAUGGGAGCUUUAAAUGUAUAAUAUCCCAUUAUCAGAAUUACCAUCCUUAUGUAAGAUCCAACUCGUCCUUCAUUCACGACUCAAAUGAUCAAAGUGCAACCUUUCGUUGUCUCGAGUGUCCAGUUGAGUUUCCAAGUUCAGUUGAUCUCAAGUGGCACUACACCGAAAAGCAUCCAGAGGCUCCAGAUGUGUUUAACCUGCAGUUAAAUGAGCUCAGCUUGGCUUUUAAGUGUUUUUCAUGCUCAUUUACCACUAAUAGAUCAAAAGCUUUAGGAGAGCAUUACAAGGAAAAACAUCCAACAUGUGAAAUAGAUAAUUCUUUGUUGUUCUGUCAGUACUCGGUAAGCAAAUGCCAGGAGGAGUCACCCCAGGUUCAAACAUGUCAAAAAAUACCCAGUCCGGAAAAGUCCAGAGAGCUGUCUCCUGAGAGGGUCGUAACGCCUUGUAAGGAUGUGAAGGAUGAGCCUUCACCACAGCAACCCUCCCCCAUGCCAGCAGGGACACUGUAUAGAUGCAAGAAGUGUGAGUUCACGCAUAAGUCGUCUAUUGUUAUGCAUGUGCAUUACAAAAGAAAACACCCAAAUAAGAAAGUCACUUUAGAUGAAAUUAAACAGGCAAACCACAAAAAUUCCCUUGAAACAUCACCGAUGAUGCCUGAAAACGAGUCUUCGGAGAAGGCAAAUGACAAACCGGAGAAACCUCUGCAGAUGAAGAUUAAGUUACCGCCACUGGAGUCCAAACCCAGGGUUGCUAAGGAUCUCUCAGAGUCAUGUGCACCUAAGCAAACUGAGUCUGUGCAGGAUGAAACCCUGAAUAAGUCACCUAAACCUAACAGAAGAAUGACUUCUGAGUUGGACCAUUCAGUGCCAGGUUCAGCGGAGGAACUAUAUUACUGCAUGCACUGUGACUACACAAACACCCAGCUGAAAAGUGUUGUUGGGCAUCAUUGUUCUAAACAUUUACCGGCGUCUCGGCAAGACAUCAUAGAGUAUAGUGCUGAUGUUAGAAACAAACUGACGAGUACAAAUUCUGCUAAAGCCCGAAAGGGGACUAAAAAAAGCAAAAAGGUUAAAUCUCAGUAUGAAGAGGAGGAGGAUGUAGAUGCCUCGGGGCAAAAAUCUGAUGAUUAUAGAGAUGCAGAAACUUUGUUCUACUGCCAAAGGUGCAAUUUAGGCAAUCCAACCUUACAAGGAGUCCUCAAUCAUCAAAACCAAGUCCAUGAGACCUUAACUGUCAAAGCUGAAAUAAUCAUGAAGCACACAGCUUCAAUUCGUUCAAAUAUUAAAAGGUCAAAAUCCCGUGGAAAGUCUAAAUCUCCUACAUAUCUACCGCUUCCUAUUGUUAACAAAGGAGACGAAAAUAAGUAUUUCUGUAACUUAUGCAACUUUAGACAAGCAAAGCUGGUCCAGGUUUUACAACAUUACUCCAAAACACAUCAAGGCAGUGCCAAUAAGUCUGCUGUUGUCCAACAGUACACCAACAGAGUUCUCAAGUGGCUGCAGAAGUCCCUCUCGAAAGCAGCGGCAAAUCACGAGCUGCUGCAGAAAACUGAGAAUGGAAAGAACAAAGCCAACAAUUCCAUCAAGUCUUCUAGUUCAGUGCCACCAGCAGCAGCAGGACGCUCAGACACACACAGGAACCUGAAGUGCAACACUUGCUCGUUCAGUACUCCCUAUGUGUUUCUUUUGAGGGCACAUUUACGGAACACUCAUCAUUCAAAUCGACCGGUCAAAGACGUUUUGGCGUUCUGCUUUCGGCAAGGAGCGAUAAAAGAGGGCUACCACUGCGAGUGGUGCGUUUUCAGUCACAAAAAUGCAAAUAGAGUUUAUAAGCACUACCAGGAAUCGCACCCUCAACACACGUCAAGCCUCGAGUACAUUCAUGCUCGGUUAUAUGUUGGGCCCAAAAAAGAGCUACUGCAAAAGGAUACGCCCAAAGUAGAGUCGGCACAUCCUGGAGAUGGUGCAGAGGACCGUUCAGCGUCCAAAAGUUCAAAGCAAAUUGAAAGUGAGACAUAUUCAUGCACCAGAUGUUCUUUUAAAAGUAAAUCUAAGUCAGGUCUUUCACGGCAUACUAACGAAAUUCAUCCCGUACUUGCGAAAGACAGCCGAGAUUCCCCGAGUCGCAAGGAAGCAAGUGCAAGAAGUCAACUGGAAGAGCUCAGUGAAAUGCCCGGGGUGUUUGAGUCUUUCCAAGUGCCUCUUGAAGAAACAGAGGAACCAAUAACAUCUUCCACAGCGUCUGAUACCAAGCACAGUCCCACCACUCACUCUCCAGCAAACCGUGGAAAAUCGUUCGAUGCAAAAAAAGGGGGGGGGGACCCUGCAGACACCCAAUCACAGAUACACGUCUUCAAAUGUCGAUAUUGCAACUACUUCAAUACUCUUUCUCAGGGCAUCCUCACCCAUUGUUACAUGAAGCAUCCAUCCCUCACCUGCAAGACGGACAGCCUUCAUUUGAGUCCAGCUCGAAUACAUAAGUGCAGGAGAACGAAUGAAGCCGGUGAGAAUGUGAAAUUCAGCGGGUACAUGUGUAAAACCUGUCCUCAAAUCUUCGAAUCGAAGUACGGACUGAACAAGCACUGUGAGCGGGAGCACAACAAGACGGUCAGACCUGUUAGUAAAGUCAAAUCGGCCAUAACCCCAGCUAAGCCUUACAGCACGCACGAGUCCGUGUCCAAGGCCUCAUUCUUUAGUAAGCACAAGUACACCAAAGUCAAGUGCCAGCACUGUUCGGUCUUUUGCAACACAAAAACUGCUCUCCAUCGCCACAUGCAAAAGGAGCACCUGAAUACGUUCUCAAAGGACUGCCUGUUCAAGUGCAUGCUGUGUCACAAAACCUACUUUGUUAAAAAUAAACUCCGAAGCCAUUAUCUGAAGUUUCACGGAAAGCCUGCCUUGUUGAAGCAUUAUGUACCGGUGCACGAGCACCCGUCCAGCCAGCCAGAACCUCGGGACCGCCUGCAAGAGCAACUCAAGUCAACCGAAGGAAAACUGUUGAUCUACAAGUGUCCACGCUGCUCGUACAUUCAUGUAAGCCACCAUGGGAUCCUCACUCACUGCCAAAUGAAGCAUCCAACACAUGUAGCAAGAGGCCAUAAACUCGAAACGGGUGAAAUAUUGAUCUCCGAUAUUGUCAAGUGUUCCGAUGGAAAGGGAAAAUACCAAAGAGGUUACCAGUGUAAGGAAUGUCCUCAGAUUCAUCCCUCUAUGGCCAGCCUGAAAGCUCACCAAUGUAAACAUGGGAAGGUGGCGGCUUCGGAUGACUCGCUGGAAAACCCUCCAGCUUCAGAGUCUGAACCUGGACCCUUGAAAGACCAACCAGUGAGAGAAAGUACCGCAGAACCCGUCCCCAGUUUGAGCACGACGAAGAACAACGAAUGUUCGUACCAGUGCCAAGUCUGUACGUACAAGACGUCCACCCGACCGAAGCUGCGGGAUCACUACAAAUACACUCACAAGUUUAAUGCAGCGUCUGUGUACAAGCUGCUGGAAAAGUACAACAAACGCAAACGCAACUACCUGCUCGCCUACGCCGAGUACAAGAAGAGCAGAGACAUCAGAUGUAAGGUGUGUCCAGACCUGCUUUUUGAGUCAUGCCAGUUGCUCAUCGACCAUUAUAGUACUUUUCACAAGUUGAACAGCAAACUGGACUUCACAGUGCUGUCGCUUGGACUGAAGUAUAACACCACAGGGCUGUACAGGUGUGCAGAAUGUUUGAUACAGUUGAACGGCACCAAGAAACUCUGCUAUCACCUGGAUCGCCACAAAGAAAUGGUGACGACUAAGCGGAGAAAGGCUACACUUGCUGUCGGUACGUCGCUGGAUCCUAAACCCAGCGAGGUCCGCAGACGAGAUAAAGGGCCCACGUUUGAGCUGUCCAAGUGGAGCAGCGCACCAGCUGAGGCCAUCGUUCCACCGCCGAGUCCUCGGUCCCCUGACAAAAUCACCAUGGAGGAGUCUGAGGCAGAUAACCAACAUCCUUGUCAACGGUGUCACCGAGCAUUCAAGUCACUGAGAGCGCUGCAAACACACGAGCGCGGCCACGCAGCGCUAGCUGCCAUCCGGAAACGGGACCGAGUGUCAAAGCUGAAUCAGGACAUCAAAGAGUUCAUUCUGUACAAGUCCGGGACUUCCAAGCCUUUCCGCUGCAGCUGCUGUAUUUAUCGGACCAACAUCAUCAAUCUCAUGCGAAGUCACGUUCUGAAGAACCAUCAAGAUAUCAUUCAGAGGACCAAGGAAAAGGAGGAGAGCAGCAAUGAAGACGAGGAGCAGCCUCAGGGGGAGGAAAUGGAGCCUUCUGAGUCGUCUGAGAAGAGGAACUCACCUGAACCCGACGAAGACCCGGAGGAAACUGAAGAAUCGGAGUACUCGGAGCACGCCGAUGUGCAGCGGCAGCUGAACCACUACAGCCUCGUGGCGCAGAAGAACGAUAAAACCAACGGAAACGUUUUGAAGUCGCUCUUCCUUGAAAACUGCACUCUUUACUGUGAAAUCUGCACUUUCAACACAGAACAUCUGUCCAGCAUCCGACGGCACUACAUGAACCGGCACGGGAAAAAGCUGCUCAAGUGUAAAGACUGUGAAUUUGUCACUGGCUUACGGAAAACUCUGGAGCUGCACUCACAGAUGGGCCAUUCCACCUGCGAGUCCAAACCCACGCAUCAGCAGAUCAUCCGCUGUCCCUUCUGCCUCUACCACUCCAAGAACAAGAACAACAUGAUCGACCACAUCGUCCUGCACCGUGAGGAACGCGUUCUACCUGUUGAACUGAACCGUCCCAAACUCUCCCGUUACUUAAGGGGAACGGUCUUCCGCUGUCACAAAUGCACCUUCUCCAGCGGUAGUGCUGAAACCCUGCGUCUGCAUAUGCUGAAGCACGGCGGCGGCAUCCAGCCGUACCGGUGUCGGCUGUGCUACUUCGACUGCAGUCAGAUGGCUGAGCUGGAGGCACACCUGAGUGAUAAGCAUCAGGUCCUGAGGAACCAUCAGCUGGUGAGCCAGGUUGACGCUUGCAUCCCUAACGACAAGCAGGCAGAAAAUAAGGAGUCUGUUUCUGACCGUGAUGAAAUUCCUCAAAAUGACCUCAUGGCAGAGUACGGCGCUCGAGACACCAUGUUUCUGCCCAUCGAGGAAGCACACGUGAAGCAAGAGCGGGAGGAGGAGACUUCUGUAUCGGACGUUCAGCCUGAUGAUGCCCAGCCACAGAAGAAGCGCCAGCAGGACUCGCCAGCAGCAGACGUGCAUGUGGCUUUUGCUCUCUCUGCUGAAGGAGAAGGUAAAAGCAUGCACGAGCGCCUCGGCGGUCUAGAGGAGGAGGAGAAUCCAGCAAGACUUACAGGUCAACUGAAAGAGGAAGCAGAAGAAGCACAGGUCGAUGGGCUGGGCUUUCAAGAGCUUCAGCAAAAAGGGCAAAUCAGCGAGGCCACUUCAGAGGACGACGCAGAGCGUGGAGCCUUACCGCAGGAAGAAGAUGGCAGCAGGUCACACGGCUGGGAAGACCGGAAGCCGACCAUCAAAAUAGAAAAAGUAGAGACGGUGUGUGCUGAUCAAGACCUGAGGGAUGAGGAGGGCAGCGCCGCCUGCUCGCCGAACCCCACCACCAACUCUGUUUCAGCAAAUGUGAGCAGUGCACAGACAACUCCAGGGGGUUUGACGUCCGAGAGGCGUUCACUGACCCAUUCCACUCGCUACACACAGCAGAAGUUCGACUGGAAGAGCCAUGUGGGUGCUGGGUUGGAGAGCUGUGAACCAGAACCAAAGCAGACUCCAUCAGACUGGAAGGACACGAUAGAGCCUCGUGGAGAAGUGCCAGCACCUGAAACCGAGCGUCACGAGGAGCAGCAGCAGGAGGAGACGGAGCUCCUGGCGCAGAAGCAAGAUGCAAAGGAUGAGACUCGAUGCAAGGAGCAGGACAUUCCAAAUAUGUGUGAUGCAGACGAAGCUGCUGGAGUCCCGCGUGUCGACAAACCGUUCACGUGUCAUUUCUGUGGGCGAAACCUGCCUAACGCCGCUGAACUGAAGCGUCACGUCAAGCGUCACGGAUUGUAAUCCCGUUGUUGCUGUUUGGAUGUUGUCUUUAGCUAACGCCGCUACUGAACUGGCUUCCUUGUGGAUCUGAACCCUUUUGCUGAGGAGCUCCACUAAAUAAAACUUCAGAACAAAACGGAAGUCACAACAAAUGUUUAGACUUCGUUUAGUUUUUAUCACAGUUUUAAGAUUAGAGUUCAGCAGGAGUUAUUUUUAAAUCAAAAAUAUAAAGUAUUACUGUUAUUUCCACCAAUCCUGUGUUUUUAAUCCUUUCUGUAUUACACCCGCUUCACUUCCUGCUCUUUAUGUUGGUUGUGCUGCCUUCAGGCGCUUUUGGAUGUUUGACUUCUGUCGUCUCAUUUCAGAAAACUUGGUCUGCGUUUUUGUUUUGUGACACGAAUAAACAAACGUUUUUCACUCA